UGCUGCAGAGACUGCAGAGAUCAAAGAGUAUUUGCUCGUGUUGUAUAGUUUGCUUCUGGCCAGAAAAAUGAAUAUAUUAUACAAACAAAUUUGCUUUUCGUUGCUUUACAUUCCUUUGUAAAUAAAGUGAAAAUUACAUUUUUUUGUAACAAUUUAGAUUAAAUAUUCUUGACUCAAUGUCAAAUAUUUUUGGAAAAAGUGAACAUCAUUUUAAAAACAAGUAUUGUAGGUUAGGUUGUCACCUUAAUCAACCGUAAUGGAUUCAGUGGAUGGAUUGGAUGCCAUUCUAAUUGAGCAAACUUUAAAUUAUCAUGGUGAAGAAUUACAGAAAACUUGGGACGAAGUACGAGGAAAAGAUGAAUUGUCAGUGCUUCUUGUUGAAAAACCGAAUUUUGAAGUUUACGAGCAGAGGGAAAAAACACUUUGUCAAUCUGAUAAUGAGAAAAGACAGAGGCUGCAAAAAUUUAUUGCCAAGAAGGCUGACAUUUUGUAUAGUAAAUCAAAUUUAGAAAAAUCCGUGGAGCCAGUCAGUCAGUAUGUUGAUCAUGAAGUGGCAUAUGGAACAAUGCCAGGACUUGAUUCGUUCAUUAAAAUAGAUGAGUCUCAGCGUGUUCGUAACUUUUUAGAGUCCUUGGUUACCGGAGACAUCAUUUAUACUCAAGUGAUGGGAAAAAGUAGCACGGGUCUCCUUUUAAAGGUACUUUGCAAUUGUAGUGAUUGUCCGAGAGUAGUUCCUGAACUUACAGUAAAGGCUUUAAUAUUAAAUACGUGUACGGUGCCAGCGGUUGAUAAAAAUGGAGUUACUCGAGAAUACAUGGUCGAUGAUCUAGUCUGUGUUUGUGUAAAAGAUGUGAACGUUGAAGCCGAACGAAUUAUUGCUUCUAUGAAUAUUACACCUCGUGAGGGUUUGAUUCCUCAUCCUCCUUUAGGUCUUAUUGAUUCCAGUGAACUUCCGGACAUUUACAGGCGAAUCGUUGAAAACAAAGGAGAAUUUUUCGAAUCCAUUUUAGAGAAUAGUCCUGGAUUUUGCAAUCCAAAUAAUACGAAAUAUCUUUCGGAUUUGUUAUUAUUAGGGCAGGAUAAUCAUUCACAUAUGAUUGGUCUGAGAGACGGUUUUCCAUUAGAUGAAUAUAGUGUGAAAUUAAGACAAAUACAGUCAAGUAAAUGGGCAUUUCGCUAUGUAACAGAUGGAAUUGAUCACUUUCAAGAAGGAAGAAAUUCAGAAGCUUUCAAGUGCCUCAAUAAAGCCUUACUCAUUGAUCCUUUAAAUGAAGAAGGAUUAGUAGCACGUGGUUGUUUACAUACAACUAAUGGAAAAUUGGAUAAAGCCGUCGAUGAUUUUGAAAUGGCUAUAAAAUUGAAUCAAUCACACGUAAAUGCCCGUAAAUACUUACUUGAAACACUCGUGGCAUUAGGACGGAACUAUGAGGACGAAAAAGAAUUUGACAAAGCUCUUGAAGUCUUCAAUAAAUGUUUAACCAUUGAUCCGUGCCAUGAAAUUGCAAAAAAUGAAAUUGAAUAUUUAAAAUUGGGGGGAAUGGAGGAAGACGAUGAACAUUCUACGCAAGUAUUAAAUACUAUUGAAAAUCAGAAUGAUUCUCAAAACCCUACAACUAAAUUAGAUAAGAAAAAGCAAAAAAGAAGAAAAAUAACGAGAAAAAAAAGAAAAUGUAGUUCCUCAUCAAGUUCAUCAUCCAGUGAUUCUUCGCAAUCAGAAUCAAGCUCAUCAUCCUCUUCCAGUGAAUCACGAUCUUCAACAAGUUCGUCUUCACACAAAAAGUCACUCGACUCAAAAAUUCGUGCUUCCCUAUCGCCAUUAAGCAAAAGAAUGUCCAUGUACAAUAUUUUACCUGAAACUAAUGAUGAUUUAUUAGAUUUAGAGGGUCCAAGAGAUAUAGGUUCAGAAGAUGAUACUAAAGAUUACGAAUUAAAAGUCCGUAAAUUUUUGGACAAGUCGAAGGAUGACUCGGACUACGAAGACAAAGUGAGAAUAUUUUUUAAGACAGCGGCUAGAUGGAAAAUGGAAAGAGAAGAGGAGAAGAAGCAAAAUAAUGAGAAGAUUAAAAAGAAGAGGAGGAAAGAGAGAAAAUCGAGAGCCAAAGAUGAGAGGAGAGAAAAACUUUAUAAGAAAGAAGAUCGCAAAAAAUAUAAAUCUCGAAGAAGAAAAUUCGAGAAUAAUGGAAUGUCUCCUCUACAAGAUUUGCCGAAGGGUAAUUCAAAUUAUCCGGCUUAUUUUGCAAAUCACGAAGAAGAAUCUCAAUUAUUUUAUCAUGAGUCUAGAAUUUCUCCCCAAAGUACCUCAACUUCAAGUGAUAAAUACAGAAAUGCCAAUGAUUCAAGACACAAAACUGAAAUAAAUAAAGCUUGGGACGAUUUUUCCAUUGACAGUACUGGAGGUAAGCACAAAAACUAUUCAUAUGAAAAUGAAUCAAAUAAUUCCUCAAAUCCACAAAAGCAAAUGCGUAAUCAUCAUUCGCAACAAAUUUCAUCUCCAAAAGAGAGAACUGUGCCUAAGGAAAUAUUCGAUAAACAAUUUGAGAAUAAAAAUAAUUCCAAAUCAUUUGAAUCUUCGCAAAAUAAUGUUAAUGGCAAUAGUCAUUCACCCGAAGCUUUCGCUAGGGGAAUGAACGAGGAGAGGUAUUUUAAUCGACUCAGAAGUCGAUCAUGCAGUUCUUCCAGUUCUCAAUCGUCAAGAUUACGUUUCGCUAGACGCUCUAGAUCCAGAUCAUUCUCCAUUAGAUCCAGAAAAUCAGGAAGUUUCGAAAGAAAAUACAGCCGCUCAAUUUCUCGCUCCUAUAGUCGUUCACCACCCAAAUAUCGAUCCAAAUCAUUUUCCCGAAGUCGUAGUCGAAGUCCUCGAUCUGAAGAGAGAAAAUAUCGAUUCAAACAACAACCGCCACUACCACCACAGCAACAACAGCAACGAGUAUUUAAUAAUCGUGGUGGUCGAUAUAAUUCACGAUUCCAGGGUCAUAAUUCAAACUUUCGUGGAGGUCAUAAUGGAAAUCGUUUUCAUAACGGUCAGGAUAAUCGUUUUAAUAACAGAAGAGGAGGAGGAAUGCCACAUAAAUACAAUAAUCACAAUCCAAAUUAUCGUGGUCGUGGUAAUCAGAGUAGGGGUGGACGAUUUUUUCACAAUAACCGACAGGGAUAUAAUAGAAAGCAUUUCCCUCAAGAGAGACAAUCUUUUUCCCAGGAGAAAGAGUUUUAUCCACAAGAUCGAAUUUCCUAUUCACAGGAACGUAAUCCCUUCGCACAAAAGAAGCAUUUCUAUUCACAAGAUAUGCCCCCGAAUUCGAGAAAAUUUAAUCCAACAUUCAAUAAUGGAGAAGAAAAUCAAGAAGGUGGAUUUUAAAAUAGCUUUCUGAUUAAUAUCAAAAUAAAAUUUAAUCUUUGUUAAUUAGCCGAUUUUUGUUCUCUAAUUCUUUAAGUUAUCUAUUAGAAAAAAGAGAUGUGUAUUUUAUUACAAGAUGAUACAUUUGUAUUUUUCUGAUCUGAUAUUUUACUAUCAGAUUGUAUUUAAAUUGUUUUUCGAAUUAUUUAGAUUUUAAGAUUGUGAAUUUUUUUUUGUAUACAUAUAUUUUUCUAAUAAUUAAGAUAUUUAUAGUAAUAUUUGCCGAAUUGGAAAAAUGCGAAGAACACCGUUUCUUUUAUUCUCUUUUUUUAACUUUGUGUUAAAUUUGUCAUGAACUUUGGAAAAAAAAAUGAUUAAAUUCUGUGUUACUUUAAAGAGGUAUUAUGUGUUUUUGUAAUUCGGAAUCUUUAAAAUAAAAGAGUCUAAAUAAA